AUGGAAAACGGUAAGCUGGAUAGGGUCCCAAUUGGCCCAGUACACUUGGACACAGUGAGGUCACUCCACCAGACAGUGGUAUCGCUAAGAACAGCUCUAGAAACAUCUAAGAACGAACUACAGGAACUCAAACAGAAAUACCAGCGACAUUCACAUUGCAUCGAAUAUGAGGAUAUCAUAGAGAAACUGACAUUGGAAAACCAUAUAUUAAGGAGGAAAAUCAUUGACUCCGGCUGUACCGAAGAUCAGGAUUCAUAUGAAGGUUCUAACGAACCUAAUAUAGGUAAUAUCGAAGAUAAUAGCGAUGGUGGAAUUCUAAAUCCAAGAGAUUCUUCGGAAAAACACGAUAAAAAGAGAGAGUAUACUGGGAUAAAAUCGACGGAAAAUUUAGAAAAUAUUCUUGAGGAGAAUUCAGUCGCUUCUGAUAAUACGAGUGUGCUUAACGCAACAAGUAGUGUUCAAGGGGACGUCCCACGAAGCUCCACUGAAACAAAAGAUAGUGAUGUACCACAAACUUUUAAGACUAAAUUGGAAUUGUUAUCGAAAUUCGAUGUCAGGAUAAAGGUUAAGACACUGAAAGACGGCAGCGUUAUUUCCAGCACUACGUCUGAUAGUGAAUCUACGGUAGACGAGAAAACAGCUGAUAAAACUCUAAAUACGGAUUCUGUGGUGGAAUUUAAAGAGCAUCGUGAGCACUUCGAGGAUUUUAAGGAUAAUAAAGGAGAUACGUUGAAAUUUAAAACGUCUUCAACGGAAAAUAUUAAAAUGGCGGUCCCUAAUGAGGCGGAGGUAAAGUCUAAGGCUGAUAAGUUUGACGUUCAGGUCAGGAUUACUUCGGAAGACAGUCUCGUGGUGAAGGAAGGCAUAGAUCGUGACAGGAGGAAGGAUACUCUGAAUUUGGACGUCGAUAAUCUAAGUCUACGAUCAUUGUCUGAAGGUGAUAAUUCAGUUUUCUACGAGGGCGGAACAACGCCGCAGGAUCCGAACUCAGCGCCGGACGAUAAACAGGAACAGGAAAACGCUAGCGGCAAUGAGUCAGAAGAAGUCGAUGAUAUAGAACUCAUCUUCACCACGGAUGAGUCCAAGGAUAUAAGCAAUUUACAGGAAGACCUGGUUUCUAUACAAGAAACUGACAAUUGGACCCCAGCCUUAUCUUCAUCGACACAUUCCACACCAGUUCUUAUCAAGUUCCACACUCUGGACCCUGAUUUCCAACCAGGCAGCAAAGCUAAUGAAGCUAAACCAGAAAUUCGUGAACAUUCCUUCCAAAGAACAGCUACGGAAACUUCGUUGAGGAUGAAAAGGAUUUCCCUUCCUAGCGACAAGGACAUACGUCACGUCGGUUUCAAGGAUAAGGGAACUCUUGAUCCACCCGGUCGUGGUAUAUUGAAGAGCUGCGACAAUAGAUCAGAUAAUUUACUGUACAGGAAGAGUCCGAAUACUAGUACUAGAAGGUUGGAUAGUGUGGACAGUUUGACGAGCGAAUACCGCGGACUCAGCUUCGACAACACAAAAUCGUCUAGCUUCGAGCUAGGUUCAAGCUUGGACGUGCUGCAUAGAGACGAAAGUGUCAGCAAUUUCAAUAGAAACAGAAUGGGACAUCGGUAUUCCGUGUUUGCUGCCACGGAUAUAUCGAAAUGCGGCACGUCCCAGGAUGAUCUGGCGAGUAAUUUGAAUGUGAGGAGGAAUACGUGCCCAAAUCCAUUCCAGUACGGCCUAUCUCGUGGUCUACGAGGUCGCAAACCGGGGCGUACCCGCUUGCUACACCAGGGCUUCGCCCCUCGACGCGAGAGUGCGGCUCAGACCGAUCUGUCAGCCUUACCACCAAGAUGGACCUCAGAUGGAUAUCUGGCAUAUAAGACGUGUGUGACCCCGGGAGUAGCGCCCACGCUGCCUCAACGAACGACGCCCCGACGACCGCUGUUAAGCGACCUUGGCUUCACGUCGAUGGUUCCGGAACUGUCUCGUUCAGCGGAGCCGCUCUGGGUCCGUAGAGUGCCCCCGUCACCCUGCGUGCCCCCAUGUGGCCCUACCCUGCACCCACCAUCGGGGUUGGAACCGCCACGAUCACCAAUAUUCCGUUACCGUUAUCGCUCACCUACCAUUAGUGUCGACCGAAAUACCGAAUGGACUCCACCAACAUACGCCACUCCUAAAGGUGUUUGGCGCGGAUCACUACCGGAUGUGCGUCACGAUGACACAGACGAACUACUGCGAGACACAGAAGUAUAUCUACGACGGUCUAUCGAUAACUUGCGGUCUACUUCACUUGAAGCCAUCAACUCUAAGGAAACUCCGGGUCAACCUUACAUCCCAUCAGAAGCUCGACACCUUCGUUUAGGACAUGCCGUCAAAUUAAUCACCAGCACUGGCCGGCUGGCCGUGGGAAGGGUUAGAUACGUCGGCCUGGCUGGUGGCACUGCCGCUAACAGUAGUGUAGUGGUGGGGGCGGAGUUUGCACUCAAUCAAUACCCGGGGAUUCCCCUCAACGACGGUACCUACAAUGGCCGUAAAUAUUUCGUGCCACAAGCUCAUCAUACUGCGUUGUUCGUACCGUUCUCUAAAGUUGUCAUGGCAUGGGCGAAUUGA